GGAUUUCAGCUGUUUUAGGCCGCAUAGAAUUAAAACGCCGCCUUACUUGAUGUAUUAGGGAAGGCAUUGAGUCAUUAUAAUUUCAUAUACAUAAUCCAGUGAAAAAUCAAAUCGCGUUAAAACAAGGGAACGAUCCACUGCAGCUACAUUCUAUUCAAAAUGGGUUCCCUCGAUCUUAACCAGCGGGAUUUAACAGGGCGGACGAGCAAUGUCCACGAUAAAAGUGCAAACUGGAUCCUCUAGUGGCAAAGCGAAAUUCUCUUCCACGAAAAUGGCGUCCAAGAAAAAGGGCGGGUUGGCGAAUCAGAAUUUGCUGCACGCUCUGCUUCCGGGAGCGAAGCUGGAUAAAAAGAAUGGCGGAAAAAUAUCAGUGAAAGUAGGAAUUUCAAAUGAUAUCGUGAUGUUCAAUGUCGGAGGAACCAAGUUCGAAACCUACAGGUCCACGCUGUGCAGCCAACCAAACAGUCCGCUAGCAGACGACACUUUUAUGAAUAGGCAUUACAACGAGGAUCGGAAGGAGUAUUUCUUUGACCGAGACCCGGAUGUCUUCAAGGCCAUAUUGAAUUACCUGCGGACCGGCGAGCUUCACCUGCCUUCUUUCAUAUGUGGUCCAGCGGCAAGGGAAGAACUAUUGUUCUGGGGCGUCAGCGAUGACAUCAUACAGCGAUGCUGCUGGUCGCACUACAACAGCUGGAACUCCACGCUAGAGGCGCUGAUGCAGCUCGAAAAGGACCGGAAGGGCUCGAUGGACGAGUACACGAGUUCAAAGGGCAGGUCAAAGGGUACCGCAUGGGAGAAGUUGCAGACCAAGCUAUGGAAGAUACUGAACAAGCCAAACUCCAGCCGAACUGCCAAGGCUUAUGGAUACAUCUCCUUAAUAUUCGUCCUCAUCUCCAUUGCAAGCUUCGUCGUCGAAACGCAUCCCGUUUUUGACAACAGAGUCAAGAUUCUCAAACCAGGAACUUUCGACGCAUCUCGAAACGUGACGUCAUCAUUUCCAUACAACACAUCCGCGUCGUUCAACGCAACUCUAAAAAAUGCAUCAAUUCCAAAAGACACGGAUUACGUCACAGUGAAAGUGACACACCCCGCCUUUUUGGCAAUCGACAUUUCCUGUCUGAUCUAUUUCACGAUCGACUACAUCGUACGACUGAUAUUUGCCCGGAAGAAGUUCCAGUACAUGACGUCACUGAUGGGCGUGGUCGACAUCCUUGCGAUCAUUCCGGACUACGUCCAGUUCAUUGUGUACGCGAUCCACCCGGAAAUGCGAUACGACGGCAACAUAAACUACAUCGCGAUUCUCCGUGUGGCGAGAGUUCUCCGGAUUUUCCGGUUGAUCCGGCACGUUCCGGGACUCUGGAUCCUGUUCUACACCUUGAAAUCCAGUUUCAAGGAACUACUCCUCAUGAUUGUCUUCCUCAUCGUCGGCAUGCUGAUUUUCUCCUCAUUGAUCUACUUCGUGGACGACAGAGACACGUUCAAGAGUAUCCCCCACAGCUUCUGGUGGAGCCUCAUCACCAUGACAACCGUGGGUUAUGGCGACAUGUACCCGGUGACGGAGCUUGGUUACAUUGUCGGGUCGUUCACGGCGUUAUCCGGGCUACUGAUGAUCGGAUUCUCUGUCCCAGUGCUGGUCAAUAAUUUCAUCAUGUACUACAAGCAUCUUGAGUUCGCGAUCAUUGACGAAGAAGCGAAGGAGAAUAACGAGGACAGCGAUGAAGACGACGAUAUGAGCGAAAAGCGCGUGGUAUAUAAUAACAAUUCUUCUUCUUCGCCUUCUCAUGUUGAGGAGGUAAAACUGUGCAAUGGAGAUGAGGAAGCAACUUAAAUCACAAGGAAAGUUGUAUAAGCUGCGCGGGGGUUGGGGUUCGGGACGGUGGUGGAAAGGGAACUUUCCGAUAGGAUAGGCUCUGGUCCCAACCUUUUCAAAUCACUCAAGUCUGUUCUAAACUCAAAUCCUUAUAAGACAAGUAUAUACUGUCUUUCCACAAAUUUAUUAAAAAAUUAACAACAAAUUUAAUUUUUAAAUAAAUUUGUGGAAAGACAAUACAUUUAAGGUAAAACUCGAUCAGACUUGAGGCUGAGUAUUGACGAGGACCAGGAGUGUUUUCAUAGACAUAGAACGAUUUUAUAGGUGCAUAUAUACAUGUACAUGUGCGUUACAACGAAAUACUGUGUCACAAAAGGGAGAAUCUUAUAAACGUGCAGGAGUGAAGGGAUCUACGAGAUUGGCUAUUGCUGCGUUUUAAUGAUUUUUUUAUUGUUUAAAAAUCCAACAAAUAUAUGUUUAUGUCUUUAUAUAUUUUUAUACACCAAAUAUUAUGAUUGAAUGCACUUAAAAUGAUUACAAAAUCGUGUGCGAGGUAUAUUUUUACGAAAAAAAAAUAUUAAUUUGAUUGAUGAAAAACGGCACCUUUUUAAAUUCACCAUAGAGUAUUUUAUGUAAAUAAUACAUGUAAUUGAUAUAAUCAGAAAAUUCUAGGAAAAGUGUCAUAUACAGCUCCUUUCCAAAUGGUGCUCAGGAAACUUAUGUCAUAUGGUCUAUGCAUUUAACAACAACCAUAUGUGUCAAAGUUGUAUACAUUAUUUUUUUUUAUUAUAAAAUAUAUGCAAAGUUUUAUUACAGAAAAAGAACGACAACUCUUGAAGCCUUACUUAAAAUUGAACCACUAUUAGAAUAAAGCGCUUUUUAAUUAAAAAGUAUUAAUUUUAUGAUGUACUUUUACAUGUACAAAGUAAAAUGCUUUGAACGCAUAUUGCAAUGUUCAUAUUAUAUUCGGAAUUUAAUUAUUUAUCUAAUUUAGCGCGAAGUCAUGGACGGUAAUUAAGGUCAUCAACUAAGAUUAAUUUGAAUUUGUUUAUAUAUAGGCAACGCACUUUGUUUAGUUUUUGAAACACUUUGAAAUUCUUUGUCUUCCAUGAGUCUAUAUUCGUAUACUUUUAUAUACAUACUAAUGUAGUUUACUUGCAUAAAUCAAAUUGAUGCAUAUUUAUUGUUGUUGAAAUGUCAACGUGUAUUUACACAAGGAAAGAUUGUAUUUUAUCUUUUACAUAAAUGUACAUUCCAAAACUGUAGAGUGAUGUGAAAUA